GGCGGCGCCGCAGUCGUGGAGGGGCAGUGGGAGCGUAAGCGGCCGUGGGCGACGCAAGUUCCGCACAGAGCUCUUCCCUUCUCGCCUCACGCUUCUUCCUCUCUCCUAGUCGCGUGCUGCCUCCCGACGGCCGCUCGUCCUGACCAGAGCUUUCGGAGUGCGGUGGCUGAGGAGAAGCCGUCACCACCCCGCCUCGGGGCCGAGUCAGGGUUCCUGUCGCGCCGCGUCGCCCCCUGCGCCGCCUUCUUGCCCUCAGUGGCGGGCGCCCUUCUCGCUCGAAGCACUCCCCCCAGCUCCAUGAAUGGAAAUCGGCUCCGCAGCUUGGUAUACAGUUCCUGAGGAUCUUGGAAAUGUCAUAUCAGCCUGGAUCACUGCUUAUGUGAGGAGGACCUGUUGGGGCCCAGCCCCUACUCAUGGUGCCCAGAAGACCUGGCUAUGGCACCAUGGGCAAACCCAUUAAAUUGCUGGCUAACUGUUUUCAAGUUGAAAUUCCAAAGAUUGAUGUCUACCUCUAUGAGGUAGAUAUUAAACCAGACAAGUGUCCUAGGAGAGUGAACAGGGAGGUGGUUGACUCAAUGGUUCAGCAUUUUAAAGUAACUAUAUUUGGGGACCGCAGACCAGUUUAUGAUGGAAAAAGAAGCCUGUACACAGCCAAUCCACUUCCUGUGGCAACUACAGGGGUAGAUUUAGAUGUUACUUUACCUGGAGAAGGUGGAAAAGAUCGACCUUUCAAAGUGUCAAUCAAAUUUGUCUCUCGGGUGAGUUGGCACCUGCUCCAUGAAGUACUGACAGGACGGACCUUGCCCGAACCCCUGGAAUUAGACAAGCCAAUCAGCACUAACCCUGUCCAUGCCGUCGACGUGGUGCUACGACAUCUGCCCUCCAUGAAAUAUACACCUGUGGGGCGUUCCUUUUUCUCAGCUCCAGAAGGAUACGACCACCCUCUGGGAGGGGGCAGGGAAGUUUGGUUUGGAUUUCAUCAGUCUGUUCGGCCUGCCAUGUGGAAAAUGAUGCUUAAUAUUGAUGUCUCUGCCACUGCCUUCUACAAAGCACAACCUGUAAUUCAGUUCAUGUGUGAAGUUCUUGAUAUUCAUAAUAUUGAUGAGCAACCAAGACCUCUGACUGAUUCUCAUCGGGUAAAAUUCACCAAAGAGAUAAAAGGUCUGAAGGUUGAAGUGACUCAUUGUGGAACAAUGAGACGGAAAUACCGUGUUUGUAAUGUAACAAGAAGGCCUGCCAGUCAUCAAACCUUUCCUUUACAGUUAGAAAAUGGCCAAACUGUGGAGAGAACAGUAGCACAGUAUUUCAGAGAAAAGUAUACUCUUCAGCUGAAGUACCCACACCUUCCCUGUCUGCAAGUGGGGCAGGAACAGAAACAUACCUACCUGCCACUAGAAGUCUGUAAUAUUGUGGCAGGGCAACGAUGUAUCAAGAAGCUAACGGACAAUCAAACCUCCACUAUGAUCAAAGCCACAGCAAGAUCUGCACCAGAUAGACAAGAGGAAAUUAGCAGAUUGGUAAGAAGUGCAAAUUAUGAAACAGAUCCAUUUGUUCAAGAGUUUCAAUUUAAAGUUCGAGAUGAAAUGGCUCAUGUAACCGGACGCGUACUUCCAGCACCUAUGCUCCAAUAUGGAGGCCGGAACCGGACUGUAGCAACACCAAGCCACGGAGUAUGGGACAUGCGAGGGAAACAGUUCCACACAGGAGUUGAAAUCAAAAUGUGGGCUAUAGCUUGUUUUGCCACACAGAGGCAGUGUAGAGAAGAAAUAUUGAAGGGUUUCACGGAUCAGCUGCGGAAGAUUUCCAAGGAUGCAGGGAUGCCCAUCCAGGGCCAACCUUGCUUCUGCAAAUACGCGCAGGGGGCUGACAGCGUGGAGCCCAUGUUCCGGCAUCUCAAGAACACCUACUCAGGGCUGCAGCUCAUUAUCGUUAUCCUGCCUGGGAAGACGCCAGUGUAUGCGGAGGUGAAACGUGUCGGAGAUACACUUUUGGGUAUGGCUACACAAUGUGUUCAAGUCAAGAAUGUAAUAAAAACAUCCCCUCAAACUCUCUCAAACCUGUGCCUGAAGAUAAAUGUUAAACUUGGAGGGAUCAAUAAUAUUCUUGUACCUCAUCAAAGACCUUCUGUGUUCCAGCAACCAGUGAUCUUUUUGGGAGCAGAUGUCACUCAUCCGCCAGCUGGUGAUGGGAAGAAGCCUUCUAUUGCUGCUGUUGUAGGUAGUAUGGAUGCCCACCCAAGCAGAUACUGUGCCACCGUCAGAGUUCAGAGACCCCGACAGGAGAUCAUCCAGGACCUCGCCUCCAUGGUCCGAGAACUUCUCAUUCAGUUUUAUAAGUCAACUCGGUUCAAGCCUACUCGUAUCAUCUUCUAUCGGGAUGGUGUUUCAGAGGGGCAGUUCAGGCAGGUAUUAUAUUAUGAACUCCUAGCAAUUCGAGAAGCCUGCAUCAGUUUGGAGAAAGACUAUCAACCUGGAAUAACCUACAUUGUAGUUCAGAAGAGACACCACACUCGACUGUUUUGUGCUGAUAGAACUGAAAGGGUCGGAAGAAGUGGCAAUAUCCCAGCUGGAACAACGGUCGACACAGACAUUACACACCCGUAUGAGUUUGAUUUUUACCUCUGUAGUCAUGCUGGGAUACAGGGUACCAGCCGACCUUCACACUAUCAUGUUUUAUGGGAUGAUAACUGCUUUACUGCAGAUGAACUUCAGCUGCUGACGUACCAGCUCUGCCACACUUACGUGCGCUGUACACGAUCUGUUUCUAUUCCUGCACCAGCGUAUUAUGCUCACCUGGUGGCAUUUAGAGCCAGAUAUCAUCUCGUGGACAAAGAACAUGACAGUGCUGAAGGAAGUCAUGUUUCAGGACAGAGCAAUGGACGAGAUCCACAAGCUCUUGCCAAGGCUGUACAGAUUCACCAAGAUACCUUACGCACGAUGUACUUUGCUUAAAAAGUCUAGGAAUAUUCUCUGAGAGGAAGAACUGGAAAACGAAUCGACAUACAACUUACGUUUCCAGUGGAGUCAGCUGGGUGAGGAUGCCUCCAGCCACACAGAAACCAACACUGUGUGGGGGCCAGGGUCUGAUCUUUAUGUUGAUACAGGAAGAUUGUUUACUUCAUCAAGGAACACAGCACCAUUAUGCAAUAUGAAACCAGCCAACUGCUUUUUUGUGCGGUCUCCUGUAGGAAGUAUCGCGGUUGUUUUGUUUUCACUUUCUUGUAGUCUAACCCUUUUAAUGCCUUUACCUCAAGUUGCUUGGCAGCACAACUCUUUGCAAAAAAAAAAGUAAAGAAAAAGUAAAUGAUUUUUUUUUUAAACUACACCUAUAUGAAUAAUCAAAGUGAUUGUUCACAAUGAUGUGUGCAAAAAAAUUAAUGUGCAUUCAUGUAUUCUUGUAAAAGUUAUCUGUAUAUUUUACAUAUAUACAUGCAUACUGCAUAUGCAUAUAUAUCUGGAUCUACACUGAUAGUAGAUAUAUAUGUAUCUCUGUAUAUAUUUUAUAGUUCAUUCCAUCGGGGAACCAUCUUUCCCUUUUAUUAUUCUCCCACCGCGACUUUCAUUUUUCUCUCUACCUCCCUUGCCUUUAUCACCUACAUUUUUUUUCCCUGAUGCUACCAGUGACAUUCAAAUAUUCAUGUAUCUGGUUCAUUUGAAUAUGAAGCAUGGCAAACUAGAUUUUUAUUUUGCACACCCUACUCCUAUCUCUUGUCUCAUACACAAUUUUGAGUCCUCAACUCUUGGUAUUGCUUUCCUAAGAAACACAAUUAUUUUAUAUAUACAUAUAUAUAUAAAAUAUGGUUUUGUGAGAGUGAAUAUCUGCCCCCUGCAGCCCUCAACUUACAUUUGCCAUUUGUGCAAUGUGUACAUAAGCAGUAGCACCGAAACUAUUUUUCUUUAGUGAAUUUGUUAAAGCUGCUAUUUAAAAAAAAAAAAAAAAACUUGUCAAAAGUUGUAACUCUCUCUAUAAGUGAUGCUACUAUUCUAAAGUCUUCUGUUUCUGUGUGUUAUACAUGGAACUCCCUUAAAGCUUUUAUAAAGGGUAAAUGUUUUACAUGAUUGGAAUCGUGUAGGGUUGAGGUCUCUGAAAUUGUGUAGAGAGAAGGGGUUGUUGAGGUUUCUGUUAAUUUUUUUGCUAGUUUACUUGCUGCCUCUCAUACCUUAAUGUGAUUUUCAUAUAUAUAUUUUUAUAUAUAUGUGUUGUAUAUAUAAACAUAUAUGUAUGUGUUUUGAAGUAUAGCUUCCUUUUCUUUUAUAUUUAUUAGAAUAGUGCUUUAAUAAUUAUAGAAUUGUAUUGGCAACAUCUUUUAUAGAAAUAUAAUCAUGUUUAUUUUAAGACCUGACAAUUUGUUUUGCUCUCCUUUAGUGCAAUAAGCAGUUUUAAAAGAAAGCUGUGUCUGUUUUACAUCUUUACCACAAAUUGUGGGAGAAACAGGCACCUCCAUAAUUUUAAAAGGGCAAAGUAAUAUAGCCUUAAUUUCAGAAGGAAAGUUUUAUAAUUUUCAAGUUUAAAGCAUGUCUUAUAAAAAUCAUUAUGAAAAUGAAGGAAGUUAAAUUUCCUAAAUGAGUCUUGACCUUGAAUAUUAGAAAUAAAGUUGAAGAACUUUGAUUUAAUUAAUGACAAUGACUAGCUUAAGAUAUAGAAGACAUGUAAAUUUUUGAAGAUAGCUCGUGUUUAUUGAAGAAUCAUACUGGUGAGGUGCCAGUUUUCAUUUACUAAAAUGAGUCAGGAAAAUAUAAAAUGAUAUUUUUAAAACUUUAUUUGCUAAUUCAUCACUAGUGUAACUUUCCUUUUAAAAUUAGGGAGAUGGUGACAAAGGAAGUUAGGACUUUGAUCAUUUGAAAUGAGUUAAAUCACUGAAAUGUUGAAAAACUUUUUUGCAGAACUUUUGUUUUAUUAACUUCACUUUAAGAUAUUAAAAAAUACUAUAAAGCUGUCAAAACCGAGUUUAUCAGUAACCUUGGAUUCAAGGGAGCUUUGCACUUUGUAACUCAUGAAAAUUGCAUUUAAAUUUUUUUUUUUGCACUGGUUCAGAGUGUAGAUAUUACAGAUUGUUUCCAGUGGGCAUUGUUGUUAACCUUUCAGAAUUCCAUCUGCACAUGAAAACAAAUGGAUUAGCUCUUUAGUUUCUCUCUUACCUAUUAUCCACAUAAUGCCAAUUUACUGUAUUUUGAGCCUAAAAUCUGAGCCCAUGUCCUCCAACAGGUAUGAAAUCUUUUGUCCCCCUGCCAGAAAACUAAGAAAGUACUGUAUUUUGUAUGUUUAUUAUAUUGAAGUUGCUGAGAUGCAAUUUACAACACUGUUUCAAAGCUCUUUACAUAAGGUAAUGUUUGUGUAGUAUAUACAUUUUUCUCCCAACUGUCUCUCCUCCUCCAAAAAAUGUCUAUAAAGGUUGUAUUUUUUUUUUCAUUGAAAUUUCACUGAAUAUAAUCCAGAACAUAGACAGGAGAAGGAAAUAGCAUAUCUUAGAUGGUAAAAACCUGAUGGUGUAUGUUUGCUCAGUAUGAGUAAAACAUCUUCCUUUAUCAGUGGGAGUUUCACAGAGUCAUGUGGGAGACUUUAGGGCCUAGGGAAGAACUGUAGAUAAUUUUCCCCUGUUUACCUGCUUUAACUAAUUUCAGUCACCUAAUCUCACAUGUGCUAAAGUAAAGCCCACAAUUUAAAUCUAUUUAGAAGGACUUUUACAGAGGAAAAAAAAUUUUUUUAACAUAAAGCUUUACCUUUGAAAUGAGUUCUUUAUAGGGUGCUCUUAGAGUUUCAACAUUGCUAGUUUAAAGUUGGUUAACUUGAAAGAAUAUGUAUAGUAUAUUUCUAUUUUGCUUACUAACAAAUUGGUGUAUCAAACUUAAUUAUAAGAAACUUUGUGCUUAGAAUUUUAAGAUAAAAGACUAAAUGGCACAUAUUUUUUGAAAUUUGUUUUAAUUGUUAUUGUACUUCUGGUGUAGAAUCACUGAUCUUUUUUAUUUAAAAAAAGAAGAAGAAAAAGGUUGUUUCGAGUUUAAAUGGUCAUGAAACUCAACAGUGACCUUUCUAUUCCUGCCCUUGCUCACUAAGUAUACAGUGAAUGCUAAAUUUCUCUCUGCUGUUUUCUGUGAUAUAUGAGUGACUUUAAAAUGUCAGUCCCAGCAACUGGUGUUAAUAGAUCUUCAUGUGAAGAAGAAUUGGGAGCUUAAUGUAUAUUCUGGAUGGCAAAUAUGUAAAGUGCAGAUACAUGUUUUAUAUUACAGUAUCAAGUUAAUGGCAUUGAGGACCAUGCAUUUAUAAUACUGUAGCUGCUAUAUUUAUUUAAUGAAGUAGAGUCUGACAGUUACUGCACUAAACAGUAAGGAGAUGAGCAGGAUUCAAGGCUAGUGUUAAACUUUUUUUUUUCCUAAAUAAGAUUUAAGAACAUGAAAUAUCAAGAUAACAAAGGGUGCUGCCAAUUUAGGUUCAAUUUAAUGUCAGGAUACUCUUUCUUUGUUUUAGAAAUGUGGAUUUUUACUUUAGGAGUUUUGGAAAAGGGUACCUCAGCCUCCUUAGUACUGGUUUUUGGCUUAUUUUCACAGACGUACAGAUGCCCUUUAUUUUUUUCUUGAUAUUUACCUUUUAACACAUUUCUCAAAAAAAGUAUUUGUCUAUGAAAAUCUUCCUGGUUAUAACCUAUUAAUUUAUUUAUCUUCCUUGAAGAGAGUCUAGGUGGGAUUCUAGUAGGAGUAUACUGGGUGUUUUAGAAGGCUCUUGAUAAAGAUUCAUCUCUUCUAGCAUGGAGACUCCUAGCCUUCUAAACACCUAUACUAGUUUUCCAAACUAUAAUAGGUUCUCUAAUGACCCACCACUGCCUAAAGUUUACUUAUAUAUUCUUUAAUGGAUUUUAGUAUGACAGACCUCAUGACAGACUUAGUCAUGACAGACUUAAGCUAUGUCUAGGAAAAUAAAAGCUGCGUUGCCGUUCCUUAGAAAUGAUUGGCAGAGGAUCUCAGUGUUUAAGGAAAAGGUGAACACUCAGAAUGCCAGUAAUAAAUCUGAAGGAUCUAUUUCUGAUGAAUUAUAGACUAGGAAUUAGAGACUUACCCAAGAAACUUUGUGGGUGUUUGAUUCAGAGGCCAACAUGAAUUUACCAUAGGUAGUGAUUUUUAUGAAAUUUCAUGAAGCUAGCCACUUGGAUUCAGCUAGAAUAUUUUGUAGUCUUGCUAUUAAAACUUGAUAGUGAUGUUUUUCCAAGAGGCUUAACUGAUAGGUCUGCGAAAAUUUUAUUCAGUAUCAUUAAACCUGGUUUAAAUAUUUAUUUUAACUCAUCCUCUUAGCUGUUUUCCUAUUGAAUACUUUUUAAAGACAAGUUGCCGCUAACAGUAACUCGCUACUUAAAUUAUCUUUUAUGAGCUAUCGGUCAAGCUGUAAAAAGACGCCAUUGGACUGGUAUCUUUAUUUUGGCUUUUUUAAUCCUUUUCAUUCUUUUUGAGAAUUCAUGGAUAUCUUAAAGCUUCAAUAAUAAUACUUGGGAGACUUUAUACCAAGUGAGACCUUUGUGAGUGGCAGUAUAACUCUGACUCUAGAGUCUGUUUGUAUUUUCCUUUUCUUCUCUCAUUUGGUCACAUAAUGCACUUUGUGAUUCUAUAGGAGGCAAAAAACAAGCAAAGAAUAAUGUGUAAAAUCAAUACAUAGAUGGGAAAGUGAGAAUUUUCUCCAAAAAAAUUAUUAAAAAAAAUUACUACUUAUACUGAGAACAUUUUUGAUCAGUGGCAAUACUAGAAAUGAUACUGUGAUUAGUGAAACCUAAGCUGACUCACAAGAAGAAAAAUUCAGUCUCUCUCUCUCUCUCUCUCUCUCUCUAUAUAUAUAUAUAUAUGUAUAUAUAUAUAUAGCCUCAAAGGGGAAAAUAUUUUUUACUUUUUCCUGCUUUUAAAAGUGGUACAUUUCAGUUUAUAGUUUUCCAUGUUGAUCAAAAUAAUUUCUUUUAACUUAGAUACAGUGGUCAGAGCUUGUGCUAAUAUUGUCUACUACUAGUUGAAUUUUAUUUUUCUUUACCCAUCAAAGAUAGUGCUCUAUAUUUUUACACUGUUGUAAGAAUAUUUUGCUCUUGAAGUAUGGAAACUAAAGAUUAAUUUGAAUUAAUGAUAGAAGGUUAAUAAAUUUCAUAUGGAGGGUUGAGAUUUACCAAUGAGAAGCCCUCUUGAAGUAUCAGGUAGCCCACAGAAUGACAAAAUUAAGAUGCUAUCGAAUCAUCCAUCCAGCCAUUGGUCUCCCUUCCUUUUUGAAAUCAAUAUCUGAGGUAACCAAGCUCUAAUGUUAUAUCUAUGUUAGGGUAUCAUUAAAGCAAAGAUGUUCUUCAGGGUAGAUGCUGAAUUAAAUUUUUAAAUCAUUUUUUUAAAGCAAGGCGGUUCUUAGAAAGUGCCUUUUCAGAAGAUGGUGCUGUAGACUUUUAUUUUUCAAAUAGCAUGAGGCUAAAAAUUUAAAAGAUAAAUUAUUUUAGAACUCCAAGAGUAUGACCGUUUCAUAUAAAUAAUGUUAUUUGUUGUCCUGAAUCUGGUCCAAGGGAACCAAAUAAAGCUUUUAUUCAGUAAAGUAUCUAAGUAAAUGCUCACCAAAUGUAUUUUGUAGGUUUAAAAACACAGUUUUUAACAGAAUUAACCCUUUCAGUUCUCAGCUGUGUUGAAGGUAAUCUAUAUGGCACAUAAAACAGCAAGUUUGCUUAACUUUUUAGCAAGGGUACGAGUAUAGUAAACCCCCAAAGUCAGUGGUAAUUUGCCAGAAAUUAUGUCAUAGGCUACCUUCUCCCUCUCCAGCAUAUUGACCCUUUUGUAAAUAUCUGUUGGUGGCCUUUUCUAAUUACUCUUUAUUAAAGAAGACUGCAUAUAAAGAUAGAGCCAACUCACCAAGGAAACAGGAAAAGUAAAAUGAUUAUUUCUCUAUCUUUAGGGAAAUUUUUUCUCUUUCAGGCAGCAAGAUAUAUUCUAAAUGUCUCCCUCUUUUUUCCUAGCAUAGAUGAAAAACGAUGACAGUGUGUCUAUACGAUUGGUUAAUUAGAAAUAGAACAUGUGAAAAUUAGGCUUUGGAGGAAGUAAGGAAGGAAGGAUAAUAGCAGAAUUAUCCCUACUGGUUGGAAAUUUAGUAAUCUAUCAGAAAGCAAUUUUCCCCUGAACUAGAAGUAGUAAACAGCAGUAAAUGAUCACCUAACCAGUUCUUGCGUGUGAACUUGGUGAGCACUCUUCCAGAAAAGAAUAGACUUAAAAAACAGACAAAAGAACACCACACCUCAGUAACCUUGUAUGCUGCAUUAUGUAAUAAUGAUAGUGAAAUUAUAUUGAUUGUUUGGAGUGUACUAUGUCUGUCUGCAAUAUACAUGCACAUUAAACUUUUUCAUUUUUUAUAAUGUCAUAAUAGCAAUUAUGGGUUUAUUUUUUUAAUAUUAAUUUUUCUAUUGUGAUGUUUGUAUUUAUUGACAAUUUGUGCGCAACUUUUAUAUUUUGCUUAGAUAUUGGUUUUAAGGUAUUUUAUUUUUAUAGAUAUUUCUAGCUUUUCCUCUUUCUCUGUAAUAUCAGUGAAGAUAAGAUGGAAUGUUAACAUACCAACCAAACUACUAAUUCCAUAAACUCUCGAGUUUGGAUUUUUACCAAUAAACCAUUAACACUAUUUUCUAACUUAGAAUAUUUAAUGUUGUUUAUAUAGUGGGCAUUAAAAAGGACAGUCUUUAGACAGAUUUCUAAAUGUGGAGGGGAAGUGGGACUUUCCUUAUAAGUUAGAUUUCCUUUCCUUAAGUAGCAAACUAACAGACUGGAUUGAUUUCACCUGAUCUGCAGAUUAGGGCCAGCUUGUUACACUUGUUUUUCUAACUUCAGCUACAGUUGAAACUGCUUAAAUGGUUACAUCAUUCAGCAUUAGGAUUAUGAUACCAUUUUUUCAGACCUGGAAAACAAAUAGCAAAUGAUCCAGAAGUCAGUGAUUUGAAAUGGGGUGUCCCCUCCCCUGCCAUAAUUACAUUAUAUGGAAAAUUUGCUACCCUGAUCUUUUUCCUACUGCGCUUUUAAAAUUGUUUUGACCCUACCAUACUUUUAAAGUUGUUUCUUCUUCAUCAAGAAGAAACAGAGUUUAAGUAGCUAAACUUAAGAUAAAGACUGAUUAAUACUGCAUUUCAACUAGUUAAACAUUUAAGUAAUAAUUAUGAAUUUGAACUAAUUGGAGGACAGUUAAAAGUAUCAUUAUAUAAUAUUAAUUUCAAGUAUAAUAUAGUCACUUUAGUUUCCUAGUGAAUCAGUUCAGUUCAGUCACUCAGUUGUGUCCAACUCUUUGUGACCCCAUGGAUGAAGAGAUCAAGAUUGUUUUGACAUUAACUUUUUAUAAAGGUACGUGAAAAAAGUGAAUUCUCUUAAACAGGUAAAACAUUUCCAUUGUAUUUUUACACAGUGAAUUUUCUUGGUAAGUCAUUUUUUUUCUGUAAGAGAUUAAAAGAUAAACUUGAUCCCAUCCUCUGAGCUUUAAAUUCUAAAUUAUCAGGGUUUAAUGUAUGACAUUUUGCCAUACUAUAUUCUUUCACUGAGAGGGGUAAAUGAGAAAGUUUCAAGUAAUUAUAAUCAGAAAAAUGUUAUUUUUAUAUUAUGUGAAACAACAAUUUUAAAUGAAUCAGCAUGUGAUUUCAUAUAGAUGUUAGUUAUAUCCCUUUCCCCCCACAUUUUUGCCAGUUUCAGUGGGUUUUUAAAUAUUCAUAAUACACUAAGCUACUUCCUUUACCCUGAUACCAAGUAGUAAUUGAAGGUUGGUAUUCUGAUUAUAGGAAUUUGUUGAUACUAAAAACUAAAUAUGUUUUGAGCAAUCAGAUAUCUUUUUGUUGCAAGUAUAUGCUCCCCUCUUAAGGAUAUUUAUUGUGGUCAUAAUGUUAAUAUAAUGGUUUUAUUCAUUAUGCUUCAACACUGCCCCAGGUUGGCAGGUAUAUAAUUCUUGUAGGCCAAUAUUUUUAAGGCAGCUUUGAGUAGAAGUCCUCCUUUGUUUUCUUUUUUUCCUUCCAAAAGCUCUUAGGAACCUGACAUAUAGAGCUUAUUUCGCUCUUUAUGGUAGGCUCCGUAAAUCAGGGUACCUAGCAUCAGUGCUGAAUUACCAUGCUGAAGUACUGGGUGACGUGUUCAAGCUCACAGUCACCUCUUAGAGCUGUCAUGAAUAGUCUUAUGUGAGUAGGAAACAGAUAGGAAUAUUGGUCAUUAGAACUUUGCUUUUUUGUGUGAUGUUUUAUUUCUAAAAAUUGAUUAUAUGCAAAUCUACAAUGUUAUGUUUUAAGUUUAAGAGGCUGUGCCAGAGACUAGAGAGGGAGAUUACUCUGGUAUUUAAUGCCUAAAACUUUCCAGCUUUAUUCACUUCAUGGCUUUAGUUGGAAGGACACACAAAAUCCUUUAAUUUGGCCUUUUAUUUUUAGAACCAAAGAAGGAAGAACUUUUCUACAAAAAAUGUUGCAGGUGUGAUAGGAGAUCUUUGUGAAGAAAUGGACUAGUGGGUUUGUAAGAGUAUGUAGCAAGGGGGGAUAUGAGGAAAAGGAAAAGGUUUCUUUGCUGGAAUCCUUUUGGACAGAAACCUUAAAUUGUUUGAUACUUGUCUAGUUCUCAUAGCCACAUUGUAAAAGAGGAACUCUUGUUAUUUGAACCUAAGAAAGUGUCUCUGUAAACUAAAUGUAUUUUAUGUUGUUUGUUGUCCCAGAUCUAAAGGUACAUCUAUCUUCAUUAUAGACGUUGAUUCUGAAUUGUAAUUUUAAAAUGAAGUAUUUUUCUUAAAUAGAGCCACGACACUGCUAUCAACAAAGCUUCUCCAGCUUUUCCCUUUAUAUAGAAAAUGCAAAACAGAACCUUCCCAGACAAGAUAGUCUUUCCUGUAAAAAAUAUAUUUUUUGAUAAAAAAUUUGGGGAAAACACUGGUAGGCUGUGAUGAAGAGGGAAUUUUGCCUAACAUAGACAGUCCAGCCAGGUUAAUGGGUACAGUUUGAUCCCAGGGAGUUUAACAAGAGGAACCUUUGGUAGCAGGUAAACGUUUGGUUUUGGUAGCAACAGGCUUGGAUCUCUGGUGGUGAUUAACAGCGAAUACCUCCCUGUUUCACAGAAAGGGAAUGAUCUCAUACUGUUGAUGAUGAUCCUGCACAUGCUGUUUUUCUAAUUCAGAAAUCAGGUCUAGCAAGCACUAACCAAAAUCUAAUACUCUAUCCCCGUAAGAUUCUUAAAAAGUUUUCCAGGAGCUCUCUCAUUUCUUAGUCCAGAGUACAACCCUUCUCCUCUUUAAAAAAGAAAGAAUAAGGAUUUAGAGGCAGUUUAUAUAGAAUUCUACUUUGAGUAAAUAUCUUUAAAAUAAUUUGGAAAGCCAGAUCACAUGCCACAAGUUAUGGCUUGAUUGGGAGACUCUCUGAAUACUAUUUUCAUGUUUGGGUUCUAAAGUUUUUUCUUUGACAUACCAUUCUUUGAUUUACUUGAGUGCAUCAUUCUGUUUUGGGAUGUUGUCAGUGUUUUAUGCCAUUUAUGAAUCGUGCAGUUCUUCUCUCUCCUCCCCCUUACAAACACACACAAACACACACACACUAUUCAAAGGGGGAGGGAUAAAAGAAAAAAGAUAAUAAGAAUCAUUAGAAUGUAACUUUAGUUAAUAAAGAUAGAGAGAAAUCUUAACUUGGUUAAAUGAGAAUUAAGAUUGAAAGUGUUAGUGCUGCAGCUAUUCUCUCUAUCCAUAAAGGUUUUUGCUACCUGUAGAGUGAUAAUGUGUACAGAAUAUGUAUCUGAAAUAGGCUGUUAUAGCAAAGUAAUAGAGAAAAUUAUUCUUGAAAGUAACAUUUCAGUUUUUUGCAACAGUGAUGCCCAUAUUCUUAAGGAAAAUUAAUGUAGCUUCUGGUUUUAAUGAAUCAGACUCUGAUUUAAACAUCAGGAGAUUUGUAACUGAUUCUGACAUGUCAUCUUAAAUAUAUAAAAAUUAUAUUAAAUGAAUACUUAAGACUAUUAUGUCCUCUUAAUUUGCAUAUUAUUUCAGACCUUAGUUCUGUAGAUAUAUCUCUCACCUAUAUGCCUCUUAGUGUGUGCAAAGUUCCAUAUUAAAAUUUUUUUAAUUCAUUUUGUAGUCAAAUCUGAACUAUAAAGGAGAAAGCAAAAUAAAUUUCAAAUACCAGAACUUUUAGAAGAUCACAACUGGAAAAAGAUGGUUGAGAACCUGUUGCCUUUGAGGGUAGUGAAAGUGUUCGUCGCUCAGUCGGGUCCGACUCUUUGCACCCCCAUGGACUGUAGCCCACCAGCCUCCUCUGUCCAUGGAAUUCUCCAGGUGAGAAUACUGGAGUGGGUAACCGUUCCCUUCCCCAGGGAAUCUUAAAGGCCUCUGAAACUUGAGCUAAGACUUGGAGUUUAGUCAGCUCUACCACUAAUUUGCUCUGUGUCCUUAAGGCAAUUCCCUUAAUCUCUUCGUACCUAGGUUCUUGUAAAAUGGUAUUGAUAAUACCUGCCCUCACCUCCCUCACAACGUAGUUCUAAUAAUAGGAUGAUGUUUGUGACAGUGCUUGAGUUCUCGAAAAGAAAAGCGAUUCAGAGGUUCAAGAUGAAAGAAUAUUGUUGUAUGAAGUGUUCAUUUCCAGUUUGCCCCUAUGAAAGUAUCUUUAGUUACCACCCUGGAUCAUUUUACCAAACAAAGGUAAGAGAAACUGAGGCUUUAUCAUGGUAUGGUGUUCGCCUCCAAACGUAUCCUGUUCCCUUUCUCCCCUGCUAGCUGUCGCACAGGUUGAAUUUUUCUUUAUAAUCAUUUUUGGAAAAAGCGCAACUCCAAAAACCAGACUCCUUUUAGUGGUGCUAUGGCAGCUGUGAUUGUAUUUUGAGUUAGUUAAUGUGAUGAAACCAUCAGAUAAUCAAAAAUUAACUAACUUUGCCUUUUGCCUUUAGGCAUUUUUGCUGUGGAUUGGCAUCAGAGGCUGUUGUACAAACCAGAUAGUUAUCCAUUUGUUAUCCCUUUGUUUCUUGAAGAUUUUUUUUGUACCUUUUUUUGGAGUAGGGGGUUAGGUUUUAAGAAGGAAAGUGUGCUGCUUUCACUUAACACUUCACAGAGUUGACCUUGCUUUCCAAUCACCAUGUACCUGUAAAAAAUCAUAUUAAAAGGGUUUUUUCUUCAUUUAAAUUAAGUUCUAGUAUCUGCCGAUGAUUUUAGGCAGCCUGUUGGUGUCUGACCCAGUUAUCUUUAUAGAUUGUGGGCAGAACCUUACAUUUUUACAGACUUACCUACUUUCCUGGGGGGAAGGGGCUCCUGUUUCUAGGAAAAAAACAAAGGGCAUAUCACCACAGGUUGUAUAAGCAAUUCCUUUGCUUGUUUGUUUUGUUAAGAAAUAAAGGAUGCAUUUGAGGUACACAGGGUAUGAAUGCAUUCAACAUUUAUUUUCUAUCUCUAGAGAUGCUGAUCUCCCCGUCCUGCAGGCAGUUUGAGCUUUUAGCUCAUCACUAACAUGGGUGAUAUCUGCCUUAGUUUUAUAGGAUAAUAAAAAUCACAAGUACUGAAAAGUUGGGGAGGUUCAUGCUUGGAAAAUGAACAAAAAAAAUCCACCUUGCUGGGUGAGAUAGCUGAGAACAUUGGAUAUUUCAGGAAUACUUUUCAACAGUUUUUGCUAUAAUGUGUAGCUUUAAUAUCUGUCUUCAGUUAUAGACCCAUGAAAGUAUUACUGUAUCUUGUGAAUAAAGAUCAUUCUUGUGGACUGUAUGGAUGCAUUCAUAGGCUGUGGGAAGCAGUGGUGUGUGUGUGUCCGUGUGUGUGUAAAUAUUCUAUGUUUAUAACACUGUGUAUUACAUAGGUUUAUAUAGAAAAAAAAUGUGUUUCUUUAAUGUUUUGGGGGACUAAAAUUGUAAUAUAACCAUUCCAGUGUAAUCUGACCAGUCACUCUAGAGAACAUUUAUACUACACACAGAUACACACCCCUAAAGCGUGGCUAACUGCUCCCACUUUAGAUAAUUGCUGCUUUUUUUAAACCCAAAAUAAUGGAGGAAGAAAUAGCACUCUUUUUAAAGGGGCUUUUCUGAAAAGUAAAAUGUAAAUAUAGGACAUGUGGGGAGGGUGGGGCCACCUGCAGAGGUCCUGCAGAUGGACAAAUAGCCUUUUAAAUUUUACUUUUUAACCAUCUUAACCGUGUGUGCCUAUUUGUACUGCAGAUGUGAAAUAUUUGGGGGGGUUAAUAUCAGUAUGUUUUGAAACUGAAUUAUUACAUAAAAUCAGAGUAACCUCUUUCUCCAUCCUCCUUUUCCACACUGACUAUUCUUGCCAAAUAUUUCUACCGAAACCAAGUUUCAGCAUGGUAAAACGAUGGACACUCAAACCUCCUUCUUCAUCUUCCCUAAUCCUGUCUUACGCCCAGUCCGGCCUUAUAUUUUUUUGUUGGCUUUUCAUAAGUAAGAACAAUUUACUGUAGUUUAUAGAGACUGCAGAAUUUCAAAAUGUUUAUAAGCCUUCCUUUGUUAAUGUUCGGUUACACAGUCACAUUAGUUAAAACAGUGGAGUCAGUGGAGUGAGUCUGAGUUCGUAAUAUGCUGUAAGAUAAAAUCUUGACUGAUAUUAAACUUGACGGCUGCAUUUUAUUAAGAGGAAAUUGGAUUACAUGGUGGGUGGGAGCUAAUCUAUGAUAUAUAUGUAAUCACUGUAUAAUUAGAAACACCAAAUGUUGAGUCCUAUCACUGUGUACUUGGGGGCCAGGCUUUGGAUAUGGUUGUCAUUUCAAUUCCUUGAAGACUGUAUGUCAUUAAGACGAGCAGAAGGCAAAUAAAGUUUUUAAACAAAAAUGCUUUGGGGAGGUAUUUAAAUUAUGUUCCCCCCAAAAAUCUUUACUACAAAAAACCUAAGGUUGAGAUUGAGACGCUUCAAGCCGCUUUUUAAGCAGUUCAGUCACUUACAAUAUUUUAUGUUAAAGAAAUUGUCAUAAUUCUUUCUGAGCCAAACUGUCACUAAAGUGUCCUGUGACAGAACCACUCCUCUUUUUUCUGCCAUUCUGUGUAUUGGAAGAGUUCUAUGUUGUAUUUGUUUUUAAUCCUUGAUUUUAAAAUAUUAAUGGUUUUAGUGUUGCUUAGCAUCAGUUUGAAGUGUAACUUUCACUAAUAACUGCAAUAAAAAGAAAAGCUUUGCUCCAAA